AUGUCAAGAACUCAGAGCUUGACAGACCUUUCUACUUUUCAUCUCGCAACAUCACGCGUGUUCCCGCGAUUAGCCGAUAACGCGGCGAUCAAAGGAGCCCAAGCGAAAGAACUUCGGGACGCUUGCGUCAACGACUUCGAAACUACCCAUAAGAAUACGACCAGAUGGUCACAUUCAAAGAAAAGAGACUUAAGUUGCUUCUUCUGCGGAAAGAGAGGCCACAUCGCAACCCAGUGCUGGGCAAAGAAAAGACAGUAUGCCCGAGUCGACCCAGUAGCCAAUCAGCAGUUGCCGCACAACGGCGCAACCGUGGGACGUCCCGCCUUCCAACCUCCAGCUUACAUGCAAGAACGUCCAAAUGUGCAAAGUUUACUGCCAGCCGAAGCCAAUACAACGAACACAGUGGCGCAGCUGCGCGCUCAAGUCGACGCGCUGACACUCCGCAACGACCAGCUCGCACAAGCAUAUCAGCCAAGGAUCAACACAGUUCGGCCGGAACGCAUUCUCAUCCGAUCGCGAGAGCAAAGUCAACGAAGCAUCGAACCUCAUAUCUUCCUGGAACAAAAUUUUCGACGUCGCACACUGCAUUUUCCAAGAAAAGCAAAUAAACCAGAUAACGAAGCGAAAGUGGUCACAAUUGACUAUUCGGAUAUACUGGGGACACCAAUUAUCGCCGCUCUCCAUUCUCAACAAACCUACUUCACAGCUCAAAUCCCAGUUAAAGCCAACAACGUUAAUAUUUUAGCCCUAAUCGACACAGAGGGUAGCUUCACGGUCGCCAGCUCCGAGCUAUAAGCAACACUGGUAUCACAAGCAGCAAAAAUCUCAGAACUCGGACUAUUGGUGGCUCCAGCGGUCAUCGCUUCAAGUGAAAUUUGCCUGCUGGUAACAAAUCCUACAAAUCAGACAACCUGUCUCUACGCGGACAUGUCCAUCGCCACAGCCACGCCGGUACAACAAGAAUCAAACAACAACCGGAAUCUUCUAAUCUGCACACUCGAAUUGGCGAUCAGCAGAACAGUCUACCCAUGGAGCCGCAUAAUCAAAGAAAUCGAAUCACAAAACGCCACCAUGGACGCUUCCCGCUUCAUCGCCAUCUGA